CAAACUUUGUUUGCAUGACGAAACGUUGUUUUUUCAUGAAUCCGGUGUUUUUGCUUGUCCAGCCAGCUAACCCUGGAAAGCUUCCUAGUCAGAAAUUUUGCGCAGGACGAUAAUAUCCGUCGUGGUUCGUGUAUUCAAUUCGAAGAGCUGAAAGACUACGCGUUGCACAUUUUGCAGCGGUUCUUCAUCAUCCAAUCAGCGGGCAAAAUGUGGGACGCAUCGGAGAAAACAUUGUACGCCAUAUGUGCGUUUCUGCUUUUAGAAAAGGUGCUAGAAGUGUAUCUAACGAUGCGUCAGAUACGCGUGUACAAGCAGAGCAAGACCGUGCCGAAAGAGCUACAGCACGUCAUGACCAACGAUACAUUCGAGAAGGCUCGCGUAUACGGGCUGGACAGAGCGUAUUUUGGUGUCGUCUCGGUGCUUGUGUGCGAUGUCUUAAUUCAGCUGCUGGAGCUGAGCUGCGGCUUUAUUGCACUCGUGUGGGCUCGUUCGGUCGAAAUCUCCGCCACUAUUGGGCUGAACCCCAAAAGCGAAAUACAAGUAGGGUGCCUUUUCGCCAUGCUGCUGAACUUGGUAGGAAUGUUGAAGGAUAUGCCGUUUAAAAUUUACAACACCUUUGUGCUGGAGGAAAAGCACGGUUUCAACAAGCAGACGGCGGGAUUUUUCAUCAAGGAUCAAAUCAAAUCUCUCCUGCUAGGCCAGGUUUUAAGCCUUCCCAUAGCGGCUGCGUUUGUAUACAUUGUUCAAAUCGGCGGCCAAUAUUUCUUCAUUUGGCUGUUUGUGUUUAUUACUGCCGUUUCGCUGUUGCUCAUUACCAUUUAUCCCGUGUACAUCGCACCCUUAUUUGACAAAUUCCGCCCGUUGGAAGAUGGAGAACUGAAACAGCGCAUACACGAGCUGGCAGGCAGUGUUAAGUUUCCCCUGGGACAGCUGUUUGUCGUCGAGGGCUCUAAGCGUUCGGCACACAGCAAUGCCUACUUUACCGGGCUGUUUGUGAAGCGAAUCGUGCUGUUUGAUACGCUGCUAGUGAACAAAGGAUUGCCGGAGGAUGAUCCCUCGCUAACGGAAAGCGACAAGGGCAAGGGAUGCAGUAACGACGAAGUACUGGCCGUGCUGGCGCAUGAACUUGGCCACUGGAAGCUGGGACACGUCGUCAAGAACAUAGUAAUUGUGCAGGUGCAAUUAUUUUUGAUUUUCCUCGCCUUUUCACAGCUCUUUACGUACGGUCCGGUGUAUGAAGCGAUCGGUAUGCCACCCGGCGAGAAACCCAUUCUGCUUGGGUUCUUAGUGAUUAUGACGUACGUGUUGGCACCGUACAACACAAUGAUCUCGUUCGUUAUGACCGUCAUCUCUAGACGAUUCGAAUACCAGUCCGAUGCGUUCGCACAACAACUUGGAUAUGCGAAAGAUUUGGGGAACGCGCUCAUCAAACUGCAACUGGACAAUCUAGGAUUUCCUGUGUACGAUUGGAUGUACUCUGCGUGGAAUCAUUCCCAUCCAACCGUUCUGCAGCGCCUCGCUAGGUUAAAAACUAUCGACCAAGGAGAGGAUAAAACGCACAAACCUAAGACUCAAUAAGCAGAAAAAGGUCAAGCCAUCAUAUUAAGACGUCGGAUAUUGUACUUCCAACAAUUAUGAGUAGAUCAGCAAAAAAAUGGCAUCAAUGUAAUGAAUGUUUCGUACAAAAUAUUUUUACUGCACCAAUACAACAUAAACCAAACGUACACUGGCGCUCUUGAACGAAAUGUGCUGUGGAAGUUGUUUCGCACACGGGGUGAUUCGCAUAUUAAUGUAUUCAUGAUUGCAAUGAAGAACCUGUGAAAUAAAAUAUUCAAACCAA